AUGGGUCUUAUAUGGUUUAUGGGAAAUAUUGGAUCAACUAUCAAUUGUAUUAUCUUCUCUCAACGAAAAUUUCGCCAAAAUUCAUGUGUCCUGUAUUUUCUAGCUUCUAGUGCUUCACAAUACAUCAUUUUUAAUUUUGUUCUUGUUACAAGAAUACUUCGUAGUGGAUUUGAUAUUAAUGCAGUUAAUAUUUUCCUUUGGUUUUGUAAAAUACGCAAUUAUUUCUCUCUUGCUUUUAUUGCUAUUCCACGUUAUUACAUUGUUUUCGCAUCCAUUGAUCGUUAUUUUGCUAGUUGUUCUGAUAUUUAUUGGCGUCGAUGGAGUUCAUCAAAGACUGCAGUGCGAUUAAUUAUUGGUAGUUUUAUAUUUUGGUGUUUAGUCUAUAUACAGGCUAUUGUCUUCUAUGAUAUUCAAAAUGGUACCUGCUCAUAUAGGAGUGGUGUUUACGGAAUGUUUUUUACUAUUUAUCUAUUGAUUGAGAGUGGAAUAUUACCACCAUUGCUCAUGAUGAUUUUUGGACUUCUUACAAUCAAAAAUAUUCAACAAAGUAAACGAAAAACAAGACCAAUAACACUAGUUAAUGGUGUUCGAUCUGCAGAAUUCACUAGAAUGUCAGCAAAAGAUAUUCAAUAUACUAAAAUGUUAUUUAGUCAAAUAUUAAUUUGGACAAUUUUGAACAUGAUCAAUCCUUGUGUUCUUCUUUAUCAAACAAUGACAAUAAAUGAAACAAAAUCAUCUUUGCGUUUAACAAUUGAAACAUUUCUUAAUAAUAUGAGUUAUAUGUUUAUUCAUUUGGAGUUUUCUUUAACAUUUAUUAUUUAUACAUUGUCGUCAUCAUAUUUCAGAAUUGAAUUGAUGCAAUUCAUUCAAAAGAAAAUAUUACAUCGUUUAGUAUCAAAUGUAACUGGGAGCAAUAAUACCUAA